GAAACUACAACAACAGGUCGCACGCUGCAACAGGUCACGGUGAACAUGGCUCUUGGCGUGACAACUAGUGGUACUACAGGGCAGCCAUGCGUGGCACUCGCGCAUCCGAAUGGUGGCAGUGUCGAGGUGCAGCUACACGGGGCCACAGUCACGAGUUUCAAGACAUCGAGCGGGAAUGAUGUGCUCUUCCUGUCCGAGAAGGCUGUCUUCAAUGGGGCCAAGGCUAUCCGAGGAGGAAUCCCACUCGUGUUCCCUCAGUUUGGACAGCCGGACAAGGCCAUGCCGAGCCACGGCGUUGCUCGCACAGCUACUUGGAGUCUUUCUGAGGAUGAAGGCGAACCCGCGGUCGAAGGCCACGUCAAGGCCAACUUCGUGCUGGGGCACUCGGAGGAGACUCUUGCCAAGUGGCCACACUCUUUCAGACUGCGGUAUGAAGUGGACCUCGGGGCCGAUGUUCUCUCCGUGACGCUGCACGUAACCAACCCUGGGGAGGAAGCCUUCGAUUUCCAGGCUCUGCUUCACACAUACCUGUCUGUUCCGGAAACCGAAGGGGCCAAGGUCAAGGGUUUCCAAAACGUCCGGUACAUCGAUCAGCUCGAGAACAAUGAAUCUUUCAAGGAUGAGCGACCCCAGGCCGACUUCACCCGCGAAGUAGACAGGAUCUAUUCGGGUGAGAUUGGCGAUGUGGGCGUGGUGGGAGGUACAACAGUCACCAACAGCUGCGAAAAAACAGUGCCUGGGGCGGCGAAGGUGUGUGUCCCGGUGGAUGUCGUGCUGUGGAACCCGUGGAUCGCGAAGGCCAAGAGCCUGGGAGACUUCGGAGACGAAGAAUACCACAAGAUGGUUUGCAUCGAGCCGGGAAUCGUCAGCAAGUUUCACAGCAUCGCCCCUCGGGAAACAUUCUCUCUCAAGCAGGUAAUCACUGCCUGAAGGAAUACGUAAGACAUCGAUGGGUGAGAGAAUGAACAAGCGAGGGAAGAGCAGGAGAGAGAGACUAUAUAGUAAGAGGCCGCCAUCCUCCCUGAGACUCGCGAAGCACACCUAUUCUGUCCAAACGCAUCGAGCCGCGACUAGCAUACUGCGGCUCGAUUUUGAAGAACACCGUGGGGAAUUGUUUCAAGUGUUUGACGUCCAGGCGCGCGGCGGCGACCUAUGAGAGGUGGUUUUGGUACUAUUCCGCCACUGACGACUGUGACGCGAGGUGAAACGCUCGGUCAUCGGCGAGGGCGGGCAUGUGCUGAGGCAGGACCGCGAACCUCGUGAUCGCAGCUUUGUUGAGCCCGGAGAAUUCAGCUGCAGCACGGGAGAAAAAAAA